AACCAUUCCCUCUCUCCCAUCCUCCUUCCUGCCCACAAUUAUGGUGGAUGGCUGAGUUUCUAAUGGGACCUUGGUUCUGGACUUUUCCAACUCUGCCACUCCCUGUGGUUCAUUGAGCACAUCACUUCUCAGCUCUGAAUCUCUGAGUCCUUAUCAGCAAAAUAAGAGACUUGGACUGACUAGGUGACCUCUGAGGUUCUUGCCAGCCUGUUAAUUCUGUGAUACUCAUUUAGGGCCCUUGUGGCUGAGCUGGGGAAGAGUGAGGCCCAGAAUUGGGUUGAUAUGGCCUCAUAUCCUGUCGUCUAAUCUUCUGAAACCUUUAAGUGAUGGAGCACUUGGGCCUUCCUUUAAUCCUAAAGCCAGAGGAUUGGGUUCUACCUGGCAAGAACAGAAAUAGAUGUUUCUUACAAUAAAAACUAUAUUAGCUGAACUUACAGUGCCAAGAUGCUAAAUUAUCCAGGCAUGCUCGGCAGUCCCUGUCCUAUGCAGUUGGAGAAAGUUCAAGAAGAGCAGAGGUCACCCUGCUUGCAAGAUGGGGCUUCUCAAAGUUAGCCCGGUCUUUCUGCAGCCUGUUAAACCAGGGCCAUUAAAAAGCCUGUAGACUCAAAAUCAAUAGAACCCUGCCAUCCAGCGGCCCCCUUUCAACCUCACCCACCUCUUAGAGAGAAAAAGGAGGAGUGGGUGGAAACGGCAAAGCACAUUGCCCUAGAAAUCUGUUGGAUCUGGAUGACUGUAUGUCUAGCCAAGCUCCUCUGAAGCUUGUCUGACUCUACCUCCAACCUAAUCCUUUCUUUCUAACAGAUACAACGGAUGAUGCAACACUACAUUACUAUGUCUAAAUUGCUCUUCUCUGAGAUGGGGUUAUCUCGUCUUCCAACAAUGCCACAGCCCAAAAGAAUAGGAGAAAGCUGCAUCCCUAUGAGAAAAGAAUGCAAGCUAUCUCACUGACCCAGCAGUUCAUAUACUGGGGCAUCAGAGGAAGGAGAUGCAUCAAGGAAUAAAAAUGAUUUAGGAAAUUUGAGGCUUUGCCAUCCUACCUCUGAAGAGUUUGCAGUUCUCAUAAGGAAAGGAACAUUAUUAGAGUUGAUAAAAACUCCCUAUGCAGCAGCUGUAGCCUUCUGGCCAGUGUUAACUGGACCAUCCCUACUUGGUCAUUAGAACCUUGCUCCCCCAGAAUCCCUCAGAUGGAAGUCUUAAGCCCUUAAGAUUCCCUUUAUCUUGAGGACAAAAUUUUGGAGGAAUAUGGGGAAAGGUUGAUGGAGAGAGCUGAAGGGAACAUGCAGUACAAGCAGAUUCUUCACUCCCCUACAGGAUAGAAGAAAGGCCAUCCCUCCAACUCCCCACAGUUAAGAAAACAGUCUAGUUUGGAUGAUGAGAGACCACUUUCCUAUCCUCACCAAGUCCCCAGCCCUCUCCUUCCUAAAGUUUAAGACUAGAUUGAUGCUUGAGGAUAUACAAACACAUAAGUCACAAGAAGACAAAGCCUGAGAAGUUGAAGUCUGUAGUUCCUAAAGUAGGUUCAGGGAGGGCAGAAUUUGCAGGGGGUGGGAGGUUGGACCUUGGGAAAAGGGGAUGGGGAAAUGUCUAUAAUUCAUCUUUUCUUUACCUUCAGUCCUCUAAAAUCCAUUCCAGUGGGUGUGCAGCCUGAACCGAAACCAUCCCUUCCUGAAUGUACUACUGGCCUGCCCACCAUAGAUGAAGAAUCAGGAAACAGCAGCUCUGGGGGACGGGAGGGCUAGGGUUCAGCCCUGCCCCAGUCCUCCCCGUGUCUAAUUUCUCUGUGUCAGCUGUGUUGCUCAGCUGUCCACUUUCCUCCAGUCCUGUCAUUUCAGCUCUGACACCAAAGGGAGAAGCUAGAAGGUCUACAAAUACUGACUGGUAGCUGGUGUAAGUACAGAGGGUACUGGGGGGGCUCGGCCCCCAGGGAAGAGGACCGAUCUUCCCCAGCACCACCACCAAGGUCCCAGGGGCUCCCUCUUCCCUCCACAGACUGACUUAGGGAAUCCCAAAAGUAAGUUGCCUCUUCAUCCUCUUUCUGUUUCCAGGACUGCUCACCCCAGCUGUCCCAAUCCUUAGUCUAUUUGGCUUCUUCAUUUCUCUUUUUAUCUCCAAGUAUUUUGGAUUUUAGGGGUGAAAUUAUUACCCUACUCCAGGAAGAGAGCUAGGAUUGGAGGGGGGCAGGGCAGGGAAUGGGGGUUGGGCCAAAGGGAUGGAAUAAUAAGGGAGGGAAAGGCUCAUAUUACUCUGAAAACUUAAAAUAGCUGAGGCCUGUGACAGGCGGGGAUCAACUAGGCGAAGGGCCCCUAGGGUUUAAGAAGGAGGUAAGGGAGAACAAAUGUCUCCAGCCCAUCCCUCCAUGCAUGCAUGUGGAUGCACACAUGAAACCUCUUGAAGAGAAGGGAUCUGGGAGGGCAUGUCACAUCUGUCUUGCCCACAGCCUCCCAAGAGAAAGUGCCUUUAGGAAAAUUCCCAAGCCCUGCAGCCUUGAGCACUAUGUUGAGGCUGUAAACUCUGGGGCUGCCCCUAAGGGUAGAAGGUUGGGUAUUGGUUUAAGGAACAGAUUGGGAAAUUCUUCAGUCUGUCUGACUUCUCUGGACCUCCAUGGAGUCUCAUAAGCCCUGGGAAAGAAUCUCUGUUUAACUGGAUUUCUCCCAAGGCCACAUCUUCACAGGUCACCCUACUGCAAAGGACAGUAAUAAGGAAGGAAAGAAUGGCAGUCAGGGAUUAUAUUUCAUAGUGGGGUCCAACCUCUUGCAGGAUGACAGAAAAGGAGGUGCUGGAGUCCCCAAAGCCCUCCUUCCCAGCAGAGACUCGGCAAACUGGGGUGAGUCUGGGCACCUGACCACUGGAUGUGGGGAGCUGGGAAACCAUUCAGCCCUUCAAGAAAAGUGCCUGAAUUGUUCUCGUUUGUAUGUGACUCAUUUAGAAUGCCAGCCAGCACCUGCAGCCCCCAGUACCCCCUAAUCUUGGGGUCUACAGAGGCUAAAGCAGUUGUUCCGGAAGAGGUCUACAGGGACAAAGGAAAUGGAGCUUCCUCCAGAGCCCCAGGCCAAUGGGGAGGCAGUGGGAGCUGGGGAUGGGCCUAUCUACUACAUCUAUGAGGAAGAAGAGGAGGAAGAAGAAGAGGAGGAGCCACCCCCAGAACCUCCCAGGCUUGUCAACGAUAAGCCCCACAAAUUCAAAGAUCAUUUCUUCAAGAAGCCCAAGUUCUGUGAUGUCUGUGCCCGGAUGAUUGUGCUCAACAACAAAUUUGGGCUUCGCUGUAAGAACUGCAAAACCAACAUCCACGAGCAUUGUCAGCCCUACGUGGAGAUGCAGAGAUGCUUCGGCAAGAUACCCCCUGGUUUCCAUCGGGCCUAUAGCUCCCCACUCUACAGCAACCAGCAGUACACUUGUGUCAAAGAUCUCUCUGCUGCCAGUCGCAAUGACCCUGUGUUUGAAACCCUGCGCACUGGGGUGAUUAUGGCAAACAAGGAACGGAAGAAGGGACAGGCAGAUAAGAAAACUCAUCUAGCAGCCAUGAUGGAAGAGGAGACAGAGUCUGCCAGACCAGAGGAAGGAAAACCCCUGGCUGGAAACCCUGAAGGAGAUAAGAAGGCUGAGAGGAAGACACCUGAUGACAAACACAAGCAGCCUGGCUUCCAGCAGUCGCACUACUUUGUCGCUCUCUAUCGGUUCAAAGCCCUGGAGAAGGACGAUCUGGAUUUCCCGCCUGGAGAGAAGAUUAUAGUCAUUGAUGACUCAAAUGAGGAAUGGUGGCGGGGGAAAAUUGGAGAGAAAGUUGGAUUUUUCCCUCCAAACUUCAUCAUUCGAGUCCGGGAAGGAGAGCGUGUGCACCGAGUAACUAGAUCCUUUGUGGGGAACCGUGAGAUAGGGCAGAUCACACUCAAGAAGGACCAGGUAACUCUGGUAUCCCAACCCUUCCCCAGGCUACAAACUGCUCCUCUGCAUACCACACUCCUUGGACAUCUUAACCCAUUAAUGAGAGUCUCCAAAACCCCCUGCCCCUGUAUUCUGCUGUUCUACCCUUUCCUUUGAUUCUCCUACUACUACCUUACCCUUUAAUUCCCCAGAUUGUGGUGCAGAAAGGAGACGAAGCCGGCGGCUACGUCAAGGUCUACACGGGCCGAAAGGUGGGGCUGUUCCCCACUGACUUCUUGGAAGAGAUUUAGGGAUGUGGGUGCCUGCAGGCGGGAGAUACCCUUGCCCCAUCCUGGGCGGGCCCAGUGGAGGUUGGGAAGAAAGGGACUGCUGGGCGAGGGAGGGAAGGCCCACCAGAGCAUGACGGGCCUUCUGGAAAGGGACUGGUUCCCAGUCCCCUCCCCUGGCCUGGGCCCCCAAAUACCUGGUGCCCAGAGCAGCCCACAGCCGCCACCUGCACCUGCGCCCUCUCUGGCCCAGCUUGUGAGAGCUGGAAACAGAAGACGCGUCUCCACUAGGAGGUGCGGGGGGAGAGGGGGGUUAGGUGUUAGGGAAUGGUGACGGGGACUGUCGAGGUUGUGAAUUUAUUAAAGUUUUGACAAAAGUUA